GGGGGUGGGCAGAGGCUCCUACAGAGCAAGUCCUGUGGAUUCUCAAAGCCCCCAGGGUGUCUGCAUCCCUACCCUGACCACAGCCACCACAGGCUGGCAAAGCCCCCCGUCAGGGAUGAUGCGUUGGCCCAUCUCCACUGCAGUGAGUUGUGUCACCGGGUGUCCCCCUGGAGACCUCCUCUCUGGCCUGGACGGCUCUGCUUGUCUCCUCAUCCCCCCGACGAUGGCUUCGCCCCUGCUGCUGCUGCUGCUGCUGCCGCUGACGGCACUGCCGCAGGACUGUCGAAACUUUGGGAUGUUCCAGCCACCGCGGCUCUCCGGCCCCGAGGGCAGCGUCGUGCACAUCCCCUUCUUCUUCUGCCACCACUUUGAGCUAGCCGGGAAUCCCAAAGUGCAGAUAUCCUGGAGACUGGACACCUUCCAUGGCCCAUUUUUCUUCAACCAGACCCCACCUUUCACUCGCAAGGAUUACAUAGGGCGGGUCAAGCUGAUCGAGAAAAGUGAGAGCAACGGUUCCCUCCAGAUCCAGGACCUGCGGAAGGAGGACGCGACCACAUACUUCUGCUGAGUCCAACUCGUCACCAAGCAGGGAGUGGAGCAGUGGCAGGCCAUCAAAGGGACCCAACUUACGGUCACCCCCGGAACACGACAUGAUGGUUUCACCCAAAUACCUCCCCCUCCUCCAGAGGAGAAGUUGUUUUUUGUUUCUCAUCUCUCUCCAGCCCUUGGGACGACCACCAAGACCACUGCCGCCACCACUACCACCACCACCACAGCCGGCUUCGGGGUCUCUGAGAGUGGGAAGAUCUCGGCUUCCCAGCCCCUGAGCCUGGGAGCUGUGGUUGGAGUGGCACUGGCCGGCCUUGUGUUCAUCAUCGUGAUUUUGGGACUGAUCGUCUUCCUCAGGCAGAAGAGAAGAAAAGGUCAACAGACUAAAGCCCAAACUUCAGCCAGGAGAUCCUCCCAAGACACUGAGAAGAAAUAUGAGAAUAUUGGGAAUAAAAGGCAGCACACAUCCCCUGAGCCGGACCACAAGGAAGACGGCAUCGUCUAUGCCUCCCUUGCUCUCUCCAGCCUGAGCUCCCCGGAAGCACCUCCCUGCGGGCCUGCCCAGAGGAGCCCUGAGGCAGACACCCUGUACUCUGCCGUAAAGGCCUAGUGGGACAGCCCUCUUCACCUGAACCAAGCUGAAGGAAGCCACACACAGAGACCACGGCUGCCAGUAAUAGCCAGAUGGCCCACGCCGGCAGGGGCCGAAGGCCACCAGGGAACUGCAGCUACCCCAGUGCCCUCUCCAGCUUCCUAAUCCCUACCCACAAAAAUAAAAGUGCCUGGAGGCUGUGCUUGACUGUC